GAGGCAGAAAAGUGCGUUUUAGAAUGAUUACUGGUGGCCAGCGGAGAGACAGAUUAUACGGCUCUACACAACUGUUGUUUUAAUCCCCUGGGCGAGGAGAUUUAGCAAAGAAAAAACACUGGCUUUAAACCCAGCAGCCAUAUUGUAUGGAAAAACGACGGAAAGACUCCUCUUUUCAGAAAAAGUCGUUUUCUCAGACACCUGUGUCAAGACUUUUGGGAAGUUUAAUCUUCUGUCUUACUGGCGGUGGGUCUGUGUUGGACAGCUAGCCUGCCAGCUGGCUGAGGAAUUCAGACAUUGGAGCUAGUUUUUGAGCCAUUUUACACAAUAUUGUGGUUCUCGCUUUAGUUAAAAAGUGUCACAUCAACCGUCUGAAAGAUGAAGGACCGAUUGGAGCAACUUAGAGCGACGUGCGAUCAAGAUGACGACGAGGUGGAGAUCGCUGUGGACAACGCAGCCUUCAUGGACGAGUUCUUCUCUCAGAUUGAGGACAUCAGGAACAGUAUUGAUAAAAUAGAUGAGAAUGUGGCUGAAGUCAAAAAGCUUUACUCGGUCAUCCUGUCUGCUCCCACUUCAGAUCAGAAAACACAGGAUGACUUGGAGGCAAUCACCAAUGACAUAAAGAAGAUGGCCAACAAUGCAAGAAACAAACUCAAGACCAUCGAGAGGAACCUGGAGUCAGAGGAGCAGGAGCGGGUGUCGGCUGACAUGCGGAUACGUAAAUCACAGCAUGCAGUGCUGUCCAGGAAGUUUGUGGAGGUUAUGACAAAGUAUAAUGAAGCCCAGGUGGACUUCAGAGAGAGGAGUAAAGGACGUAUUCAGAGACAGCUAGAGAUCACCGGAAAAGCAACAACAGAUGAAGAACUGGAGGAGAUGUUGGAGAGUGGCAAUGCUGCUGUGUUCACUGCAGGGAUCGUGGACUCUGGCAUCUCUAAACAAGCCCUGAGUGAGAUCGAAUCCAGACACAAAGACAUCGUCCGUCUGGAAAGUAGCAUCAAGGAGCUGCAUGAUAUGUUUGUAGACAUUGCCAUGCUGGUGGAGAGCCAGGGCGACAUAGUAGACAACAUAGAGCAGAAUGUAUCCAAGUCAGUGGACCAUAUAAUAGAGGCCAAGGAACAGACCAAAAAAGCUGUAAGGUACCAGACCAAAGCACGAAAGAAAAUGGUGAUAAUAGUGGUGGUUGUGGUGAUCUUGCUGGCCUUACUAGCUCUCAUUAUCGGGUUGUCAGUGGGACUGAAGAAAAGCUGAUGAGCUAUCUGAGUAAGAGGAGAGCUAAGGAAGAUGAUCAUCCUCGGUGCAGUCUGUGCCGUGGUUGCUCUCAUCCUCCUCAUCAUCAUCCUCACACUAUAGCAGGACCUCUGUGUUGCUGCCAUCAUCCGUUUAUUCAUCCUCCACUCCACCGUACCCUCCAUCAGGUGGCCCACCAAAGAAUUGCUCAAACCUGGUCACUUCAGAUGGAUAAAAUAAUAUUUCACUCACAGACUUACAACUGCACCAAGUCUUUUUAACUUGGUGUUACAUUCAAGAACUGAAAAAAAGAGGACCUACAAGAUUUUUUAAAAAUAUUUUUGACCUAUUAAAUUGCUUUUACCAGUCCCAUCCGAACUGGCCUUCCUGGUCCGUGUGGGCUCGGACAGUUUGAGGCUGCUCUGCUGUAAAUGAGGAAAUGAGACUGAAGCUGACAAUGAGGUACAAUAGCUGUUGUAUCUGCGGAGGUGAAAAGGGAAUUGAAAAAUAACUGAUUGUAAUUUCACUCGUGUCACUAAAGCAUUUCAUUGUUCAACAUUCAUUGCCAAAGAAUCAGCCUCGAAGUGUUUGUCAGCUGAAAUUUAUGUUUCAUUGUCCAGCAGGUCAGACCUUUGUGAAGCCUUACUGAGGCACAUCACCUCCCUUAUCUCUUAUUUCUUGCCUUUAUGAGCCUUGACACAUUCUGUGAUUGAAAAGCUAGCUACUGUAUAUUCACUGUAAUGGCAUUUCGUUGGUUUAGAGAAGUUCCAGCACUUUCACAUUUCAAAAUAUGUCUUAUAUCUGUAAUUAAGCUCAGACAAUCAUGUAAAUAAUAGAAUUACUGUGUUUUGUGUUGUCAAUAUCUAACCCUGAAUAUGACUCAGUUCUUUAACUUGAAGAGAGUCAGUGUGCUCACUAAUGGUUGUUAGAGAGCACAGUGGUUCUGAUUUUAACGUGUGAAGGAUGGCGCUUAUGGAAACACAUUUCAUUGACAGGCAGAGCUAAGAUACGCAAACAAGCAUCAAAAGGCAUUCCUCUCUGAACACUGCAGCUCUAUCACACAUACAGACAUGACUGUCUCCCCUGUAACAACGCUGUAAAAACAUAAUGUUUUAAUGCCAGAUGAUAUAAAGAGGAACUGGUAGUAACACUAGUGAGUUAGCUUGUUUCCCAAAAGAGCCAAAAUAGUUUUUGUAUUUAUUGUCGUUUUGAUGAAGUGUUGCAAAUAAAGUCACACACACUGGAUGAAGUGUGAAUGUAACUUUAACUUUAACCUCCAGUGUCACUGGCUUGUGGCUCUUCACCACUGUGAGAUGCAUUUCCUGCCAUAUUUUAGGCCACAUAUCGUAUUUCUACUGCAAACUUACAACUCAGUAGCCAGUUUAUGAGGUACGACCAUCUGAAACUAAUGCAGUCAAAUACUACAACUCUAAUAAAUCCCAGGUUAUAGUUACAUUCAGUGUUUGGAGGUUGUGGUAGUUUGUGGUGUGUCUCUCCCUCACUUAUAUAAACAGGGAGGGCAAAAUAUUAAAAACACCUCUCAGUAUAAAGCAACACAACUCAACAGUAACACUAAGCACAACUUCCAGACACCUUCACUGUUUUCAUGUUUUUUGGGUGGUUUCAGACCAUAUUUUUAGAAAACUCAGUAACUGAGUGAAGGCAGGAUUUGUUUUACCAGACUGCUUUAGUUUUAGUGUUCCUAAUAAACUGGCAACUGAGGUCAAUUCUUGAUGGUCAGCAUCAUUUCAUUAGGCCUUUUUUUCUUGGUAAAGGGAAUCCGUCAAACCUACAGUGCACAUAUUGUCACCCUGUGGCUUUAAUGGGGAAGUUAAAGCAGCAGGUGAUCCCAGCUGUUCAUACAAGGACUGUAUCAGAGAUACUAUUUCCCUUUAAAUCACCAGGUAUUGAAUAUAUCAGGGGUUUUGUAGUGCAGCGACAUACUUUGUAAAAUGUCCAGUGCAUUCUGAGAGUCACCAUCACUGAGUGAAAUCUUUGUUUCAGUUCAACCAGAGCCUGAAUGGUGCUUUUAAUUCUGGUUGUGCAGGAAGCACUUGAAAGUGAGAGGCCCCCAGCUUGAUCUUUAGACCAGUGCAGUCUGCUCCUUUGGCUUCUGUCCACGACUGUUCAAUCCUCAUGCUUCUAUUCAAGCCUUUUUUUUUCUCUACAGCACAGGCUGCAGUAAGAGAGGGAGCAGAAAACUGAAAACUGGUGUCGACUGUUUUAACUUAAGUGCCAAUGAUUUUAAUGGAGAUUAAAGAUUUUAUGUUUUUUAACUGACUGAUUGAAGAGUGCUUCAUUGCCUGCUUCCCUUUGUAAGAGACACAAGGUAAAUAUGUAACCAAAUAGUUUUUACCCUUUUUGGUGACUGCAUGUUCUGGAGGAUGUGUGUGUGUGUUUUUAUGGAUGCUGUUGUCAGCAGAGAGUUGAUACAGCACGUUAACCACGUGUUACAAAGUACAGCUUUUUCAAGACUGGUGCACAAGUGUAAAAGACGAGGUACGUUUUUCUGUUUUGUUUCCAACCUCUUCUCUGUCUCACACACACACACACCCUCACCUCUCUGACCCUCUGUUCUCCUUUUUGCCCGAUCAUUUCCUCAAACCGGUGUGUGAUGUGAAUACUUGUAUUGUGUUUUGCUGCUCUGUAAUUCCUGUGGUUGUUUUCGCCUUACCUGCUGUCUAUUUUGGAUUAAAUCUACAGAAAAAGAUGAUGAUUA